AUGGAGGAAGACAAGGAUGUACCACUCAUUUUGGGUCAACCAUUUUUGGCUACUGGAAAAGCUUUCAUAGACACGCUUAUAACAUAUGUAUUGUGCACUCUCAAUUCACUCACAUUAACUUCAGUGAGAUUAAGCCGAGCUUCAGACUAUGGAUUGAUGAAAAUUGAUGAAUCCGGGCAGAUAACUCAAUUUGCUGAGAAACCCAAGGGCUCUGCUCUGAGAGCAAUGCGAGUCGAUACCUCUGUCCUGGGACUUUCCGAACAAGAGGCUCCAAAAUAUCCUUAUAUUGCAUCAAUGGGAGUUUAUGUUUUCAGAACUGACGUCCUACUAAAGCUUCUACAGUCAAAGUAUCCUUCAUGCAACGACUUUGGCUCGGAGAUCAUUCCUUCAGCUGUGAAGGACCACAAUGUUCAAAGAGAGUAUACCGUACUGAAUUAUGGAGUUAGAGCAAUGGCAAUCAAUGUCCCUGGAUUUGCUUACUACAAGGCACUUAAGGCACGUAAGAAGUUGGUCGCUACUUUCCAGUCCAUAGUGGACGAGCGAAGGGUGAGGAGAAGGAAGAAUCUAUCGACACAUAAGAAAGACAUGAUGGAUACUCUUAUGGAGGUGGAAGAUGAGAAUGGAAGAAAAUUGACUGAUGAAGAGAUCAUUGAUGUUCUGGUAAUGUAUCUGAAUGCAGGUCACGAAUCUUCAGGGCAUAUCACUAUGUGGGCUACCCUUUUUCUGCAGACGCAUCCUGAAAUUUUUGAAAAAGCUAAGGCAGAACAAGAGGCAAUUGUGAAAAAUAAGCCACCCGGCCAAAAGGGUAUAACACUGAAGGAAGUAAGACAGAUGGAAUAUCUUUCUAAGGUAAUUGAUGAAACGCUUCGUGUGGUUACAUUCUCGUUCGUGGUCUUCAGAGAGGCAAAUAAAGAUGUCAAUAUCAGCGGUUACACCAUUCCUCGUGGAUGGAAAGUUUUGGUCUGGUUUAGGACUGUUCACCAUGACUGGGAAACAUUUGUUGAGCCAAAGAAGUUUGAUCCUUCCAGAUGGGAUGGAUUUACACCCAAAGCUGGAAGUUUCCUUCCUUUUGGAGGUGGAAGCAGACUGUGCCCAGGAAAUGAUCUUGCCAAGCUUGAAAUUGCAAUUUUCCUUCACUAUUUUCUCCUUGGUUACAAGUUCGAGCGUUCCAAUGCUGCUUGUCCGUUAAUGUACCUGCCACAUUGUAGACCUAAAGAUAACUGCUUGGGAACAAUUAAAAAAACAUCUGGUAUAGACGACAAGAUUUUACCAGAGUUCCAGGAGGCAAUGAAUGCUCAAGAAGAAAUAUCCCUGGCAGGCGACUAGGGUUUUGAGCGUCGUUUUAUUUCUUGAACUAUAUAUAACCUAAGAAGGAAAAAUAAAUAUCAACGUUAUCAAGCUUCAGUACUAAAAUAAUACUCUCGAUCCUAGGAGCUGUUUUCUGUCCAUAGAGAAAGGGAAAAGUAUCUAUGAUGCUGAAAUCAGUGAACUAUGGAUUUGUUAUACAUAUUGAAUAUAUUAUGCAUUUAUGAUGCACAA